CGCUGGGAGCCGCCAUCUUGGGUUGCUUAGCGGCUCGCCGGGGACCGGCUGGAGUCGGAGAGUCCACCCUGAGCUGUCCGCAGCCGAGGCCACAGCGGGAGACUGUAAGGAAGGGCUCGGGAGAGCACCGCGUGGAUGGAUUCAAUGGCUAGUCCUGGUAAGGAUAACUACAGAAUGAAAAGUUACAAGAACAAAGCCUUAAAUCCUCAAGAGAUGCGAAGGCGAAGAGAAGAAGAAGGAAUACAACUUCGAAAACAAAAAAGGGAGGAGCAGUUGUUCAAACGCAGAAAUGUCUCUUUGCCCAGAAAUGAUGACUGUAUGCUGGAGAGUCCUAUCCAGGACCCAGAUGUCAGUUCCACUGUACCCAUUCCAGAGGAAGACAUGAUCACAGCAGAUAUGAUUCAGAUGAUUUUCUCUAAUAACGCUGAACAGCAACUGACUGCCACACAGAAAUUUAGAAAACUGCUUUCUAAAGAACCCAAUCCACCAAUAGAUCAAGUUAUACAGAAACCAGGAGUUGUACAGAGAUUUGUGAAGUUUCUUGAAAGAAAUGAAAAUUGUACUUUACAAUUCGAGGCUGCCUGGGCGUUAACUAAUAUAGCAUCUGGAACUUUUCUGCAUACCAAGGUAGUGAUUGAAACCGGGGCUGUGCCAAUUUUUAUCAAACUUCUCACUUCAGAACAUGAAGAUGUACAGGAACAGGCGGUUUGGGCACUUGGUAACAUUGCUGGCGACAAUGCAGAAUGCAGGGAUUUUGUUUUGAAUUGUGAAAUACUUCCACCUCUUUUAGAGUUAUUAACAAAUUCAAACAGACUUACAACCACCAGAAAUGCUGUAUGGGCCCUCUCAAAUUUAUGUAGAGGCAAAAACCCUCCUCCAAAUUUUAGUAAGGUUUCACCUUGCUUAAAUGUCUUAUCCCGGUUGUUGUUUAGCAGUGAUCCAGACGUGUUAGCAGAUGUGUGCUGGGCCCUUUCUUAUCUCUCUGAUGGACCCAAUGAUAAAAUUCAAGUAGUCAUUGAUUCUGGAGUCUGCCGAAGAUUGGUGGAACUUUUGAUGCACAAUGACUAUAAAGUUGUAUCACCUGCAUUAAGAGCAGUUGGUAAUAUUGUAACUGGUGAUGACAUUCAAACCCAGGUCAUUUUGAAUUGUUCUGCAUUGCCCUGCCUUUUACAUUUGCUGGGAAGUCCAAAGGAGUCAGUUAGAAAGGAAGCCUGCUGGACCAUUUCUAACAUCACUGCGGGAAACAGAAUGCAGAUCCAGGCUGUCAUAGAUGGAAGUAUUUUCCCUGUUUUGAUUGAGGUCCUCCAGAAAGCAGAAUUUCGUACCAGAAAAGAAGCAGCGUGGGCUAUAACCAAUGCCACAUCGGGAGGCACUCCAGAGCAAAUAAGGUAUUUGGUAACCUUGGGCUGCAUUAAACCACUUUGUGACCUUUUGACUGUCAUGGACUCCAAAAUAGUUCAAGUUGCUUUGAAUGGACUUGAAAAUAUUUUACGCCUUGGAGAACGAGAAUCUAAGCAGAAUGGAGUGGGCAUCAAUCCAUACUGUGCUCUCAUUGAAGAAGCGUAUGGCUUGGAUAAAAUAGAGUUUCUGCAAAGUCAUGAAAACCAGGAAAUUUACCAGAAGGCUUUUGAUCUGAUUGAACGCUAUUUUGGUGUGGAGGAGGAUGACCCUAGUCUCGUUCCUCAGGUGGAUGAGCAGCAGCGGCAGUUUCUCUUUCAGCAGUGCGAGGCGCCAGGGGAAGGCUUCCAGCUCUGACAGGGGGAGGCUUCCAGCUCUGACAGGGGCGGGGUGGCUCUCGGCUCUUCAACAUGACCAGUACUGCUCAAAGGUUUAUACGAGACAGGAGAGACAAUCGGAUGCACUUUUAAGAGCAAAUAUGAAACAAUACUUUCCGUUCAGAUGCACUGUUUCUUUAUAGAUUUUCUGUUGUUUUGGUUAUUUGUUUUGCUGUAGCUGUAUUUGUCUUCUGUUUGGACUUUUGUGUUGUAAAUAUACAUUAUACAGACAUUUUAUUCAAGCUUGAAAAGGAGAACGUGGCGAAUGCUAACGGUUCUGAACUUUCCCAGUGUUCUUGAAGACUGCACAGCAGUGAAUGUUGAUAAUUGCGUUUGUCAAUAAGACUGACAGUGCCCCGUCUACUGAAUCUACCUCUGUUUAGAAUCAAAUGUAAGGACAAAAAGCUUCCGAAGCAUGAAAUCCUGCCAGACUGAGUUAGAGUGUGGUCAUCUUUAUUACUUCAGAUUAAAUCACUGUGCUGUACGGUCUAUUUCACAAACAAUGGCAACAGAAAACUUAGGUUUUUAUGAAGCUGAUGUAUUUAUGGAUAAGAAUGGCAGUUAUGCAGAGAGAAGCUGUUCAUGUUGAUCACAAUACUAACCUAUAAAACAAUAGUUUGUGUAUUGUUCACAUAAAAUAUUAUUCUAGUAUAUCUUAUAUUUUAUCCAGAGAAGCUACCCUCUCUGGAAUGUAUUUAUUUUCACUCUUCAUUUUAAAAAAGAUCAUGACAGUUGAUCAUGAAUCUAUAUUGCUGCAUACCUAAAACUAAUUAUUUCCUCUGAUUUUUCAGAAGAUCUUGAAACAUUUACUCUCUGUAUAAUAAUGGACUGGAGUACUUGAAUGGCAGAAGUAUGCUGAGGAAAUCACCUUGUUCUGUAGUAAAUAUUGUUAAGUGCAUUUAGUGUUUAAGUGAGCGGUACUGGUGAGAACUGCGGACGGUUAUGUAAUAUGUCAAAGUCUGUGUUAGGGAUCUAGGUGACGCAUGGCAGAUCACACAUGCUGCUGACUGAACUAAGGGGUGGACGACCUUUGCAGCAGAUCGGUCAGUCUCACUUAUGCUUUGUGAGUUAACAGCAAAAAGUCUCUUGAAAUGUGAAAGUCUAAAGGUUUUGAUAGAAAAUUUAAAUUUAUUUGCAUAUGUGUGUUAUUUCCAUAGAACUGUGCUUGGUAGAAUUUUCUAAGCAGAUGUGGUAUUGUUGAACUCAAUUUUUUUUAUUUAUAGUUAUAUACAGGUUAUGUAUAUAUUUAGUUAUUACUUAAGGAUACUUAUGUAAACCCUAAAUUACAACUCUUGUAAGAUGGGAACUAAAACAAUUUUGAUAUGAUUCAUAGUUUAUUCUAUAAAGAAAGAUUCAUUUAUGAUAGCAUUUAUAAUAUUUCUGCUGAGAAUCAGAGGCAUGUGAUAUAGGAGUCAUUUUAAAUAGUAGGACACUGUAAACUAUAUAUCAUGAAUCUAAGCUUUUAGCAAGACAAUUAAACUCCACAACCAUGAAAUCUAGGUUUAAACGUUUUCCGUAGCACCAACUGCAUCUGUCAGUCUUUUUAUACCAUUAAGUAGAGGAUUGUGUCUGCUCUUUUUAUUAUAAUGGACGUUAUAGAGUUAAGUAUGUUAUGUACAUUCAAAGAAACAGGGUAGUGAUAUAAAAGUUACCAAAUCGAUGGGUGAGUUUAUCAAAUGAACACUGUUUUAUGGUGCCAGCGUUUCUAAGUUAAGAUGACAGGGUAUUCGACUGUUUGUAAUCAGUUGUUGAUCAGCAUAAUUCAAACUUAGCCAGCUGUGCCUGCUUUGAGGAUGCAGUAGUCACUAUAGCAAGCCUCUAAGCCAAAUCUUCCAAAAAGUAGUUCUUAUAGAAGAAAUAUGUGUGUGUAAUAUAUAUAUGUAUAUAUAUUAUGUGUGUGUAUAUAUAUAUGUAUGUAUAUAUAUAUAUGUAUGUGUGUAUGUAUAUGUAUGUAUAUGUAUGUAUGUAUAAAAUGUUUGCAGGCACAUAGGAUGAGUGACCUGUCAAAGGAGAUUUUAGAACUUUUCAGUGGGACAAAUGUUGAAUUUCUAAAUGCAGAACAUGGUCAUUCUUUGAAUAUUUAAGUACAAAUGUUAUUUCUUGGAUUAGAUUUGAAUGCAAAGGCCACUUUAAAGCCUAGCUCCUUUUUGUCGGACUAAGAGCAAGAGCCAGCUGUGUAAGAGUGCCACUAAAAUGCUCCAGUGUUUGCUUUCAUCAUCACUGUCUCUGUGACACAACUCAGUAAGUUGCUUUUUUAAGAUUUGUGACACUUAUAUGUGAUAAAUACCUUGCCAAAUAAAAUAAAUGUAUGACAUGAAUGCAAAUACCAAGAAAAAAUCCCGAGUCUAUUUAACUAAGUUUAAUUGAAUUUUCUUGAACUUGAAUUUCUACUGAUUAAACUAUGCAAUCAUGCUUAUUGUUUUAUAAACACAUGAUGCACUGGCCUAGGUUUUUCUUGUGUUGUUUUCCUGUGUUGUAAGUUUUAAUUUGAAAGAUUAUUCUAACCUAAUUUUUAGUGUUCUUAACUUUUAGUGUCAUCUGGCACUUAUCGGUAGCAGUGGAAACUGGAACAGGGUAUUUUGGUUUUGGUUUUAAAGUAACUCUCCUGGCACA